AUGGUGAAUUCUAAAGAUACCAGUUCCUCUCAAGACGAAGACAAGCGCAUGGAUACUGAUUCAGCACAGACUGAGAAUGCCAACACCGUCAACGAGAAGCCAGGUGAUCUUUUUGAAGCUCCGCAAGGCUCGGCCUUGAUUCAUGCAUGCAAUGCCAAGGGGUCGUGGGGAUCAGGCAUCGCGCAAGCGUUCGCCCAAAAGUACCCUGAGGCGUACGAAAGAUACCAAGAACACUGCUUGAAAUGGCGCGAUAAGAACGAAUGGCACAAAAUUCCUGAUCUGCACGCUAUCGACAAAGCAAAGACCUUUUCGGUUCGCUAUCCCGUUGGCACGGCGCUUAUCAUCCAUUCCGAGGCGGCUUGGCCCACCACCAAAAAGCCCUGGGUCAUUUGUUUGUUCACUUCUUUCGACUACGGAAGACGGGUCGAUCCGCCUAAAUUGAUCCUCAAUAAUACCAGCGCUGCCCUUCAUGACUCGCGGGAGAAGCUUAUUGCUAUAGAGGUGAAGCGCAAGUUGGGUUGUCCGGCCGUUGAGCAUCUUUACUCUUGUCGCUUCAAUUCGGGGCUUUUCGGUGUCCCAUGGCCGAAGACGAGAGAGCUAUUAGAGAAAGUGGCAUUGGGCUUGCCGCUGACCGUUGUUUAUCCUCCAGAGCCUGCGAAGCAAGGGGAUCAAAUGACCGAAGCUGGAGAAGAUGCCGCUACGAAGAAGCGCUCUGCAAAAAAAGGAUUUGAAAAGCUCUUCAAUCCCAAAAAUGGCCGAUGA